AGGUUUGGCAUUUCUUUGUGUAGGGUGGUAUCGAAGAUGGUGAAGAACCAAGAGCUGCAGCCCUUUGAGAAUUAAGAGAAGAAACUGGAAUAACGUCUGCUGAAAUUGUUGCAGAAUUAAAGGAGACUCAGUAUCACAGUAUAGAGGUGUUACAAGAUCCUGGUAGGAAUCUAACUCUCUUUAGAGAGAGAGAGAGAGAGAGAGAGAGAGAGAGAGAGAGAGAGAGAUGAAGGGCAUGAAUGAUAAUGAUAAUGAUAACAAUAACUGGUUGGGUUUCUCACUCUCUCCUCACAUGAACAUGGAUGCAUCUACAGACCCACAUCUGCAUCAUCAUCAUUACCACCAUCGUCAUCAACAUCAUCAUCAUUAUCAUCAAACACAAGCUGCGGCUGCUGUUUCUCCUGCAGUUCCAACCAGCUUCUUUGUAGCUCCUCCUCAGAUGAAAACACAAGGUGGGGCCCUUUACUCCCAGUUGUCUGUAAUGCCACUGAAAUCUGAUGGCAACCUUUGUAUCAUGGAAGCUCUUACAAGAUCACAACAAGGUGAAGGAGUGAUGCCAAAGUUGAAGAGCCCAGAGUUAUCAGAGAGCAGCCUUUAUAGGUACAGCCGCGAGGUGAUAGCUUCAUGAGACGGUCCAUCUUCGACUGUAUGAUUGCCGGUUCGAUCCCGGUUUUCUUCUGGAGGCGUAUAGCCUACCUGCAGUACAAGUGGUUUUCAUUGAUAGA